AUGGCCAUUGACACCUCUGAGACUGUCCCCUCGGUUUCCAUUAUUGGAGCCGGACCAUGCGGAUGUGCCUUCGCUGCCGACCUGGCUAGCAAAGGCCGAGACGUCCUUCUAUACGCCCAUCCCGAGCACCGGGGAUUCGUUCCAUUGAUCGAGAACAAUGGCGGCUGGCUGGGAGCCAAAGGCGAGGUCAAUGGCCAAUUCCAAAUCCCAACCACCAGUGAUAUGAGCCGCGCCGUCCACCACGCCAACUACCUUAUUGUCACCGUCCCUUCCUUUGGUCAAGAUACUAUCCUGACCAUAUUGAGCCAAUUCGACCUCCGCAAGCACACUCUUAUCAUCAACGUUGGCAAUUUCUUCUACUUGGCCGCCCGUCAAAAGGUCAACGCCAGCACCAUCGUGGAAACCGAUAUCUCCCCCUACGCCUGCCGCAUGGUCGGCAACGACGUCUUCAUCAAGGGCACUAAAAAGCGCCUCGCCAUCUGGGCCGAGAAGGCCCCCUUCCAAGACGCUCUGAAGCCUCAGGGUGACCAGCUUUUCCGCCGCCAGAUACAAUCCGUCUUUACCCCGGAACUCGUCUGGACCAAGAACCUGCUGGAAGUGGGCCUGAACAACAUCAACCCGGUUGUGCACGCCCCAGCCGUGCUCAUGAACGCAGGCUGGAUCGAGUCCACCAAGGGCGACUUCUACUUCUAUGGCCAAGGAAUGUCCCCUGCCGUCUCGCGGGUCUCAGAGAAGAUCGACCAGGAGCGGCUGGCGAUCGCCCGCGCUUACGGCCUCGAGCUCGUCGAUAUCACCACCUACAUGAACCGGAACUACAGCCACGACAAGGAGUACCAGAGCUUCCACGACUUCGCGAGCCAGUCGUGGAUUCACAACCAGACCAAGGGCGCUCCCACACACAUGGGCCACCGCUACGUAACAGAGGAUAUCCGGUACGGGCUGGUCCCAUGGUACGAGCUCGGUGUCAAGUGCGGCCUCGCGUCGCCGACGAUUCGAUCGCUGAUCGAGGUGGCGUCUGUGGUUGGUGGUGUUGACUCCUUUGCGACCGGGCGCAGUCUCCAAGCUGCUGGGCUUGGCGAAGCGACCAAAGAGCAGGUACUGAUGGCCCUGGGUGGGCCUAUGGAGAUGACCCCUGGCAUUCUUCCGCCCCUGUCGGAGCCUCCUGUCAAGAUGAUGGAGUCGCGUGUCUCCAUGCAGGCUACGCGAGUGGCUGCAUAA